AUGGAUUUUGGUACCACAGGUAGCUACCUGUUGAAAUUUACCAAUUUUGCCUUUUUUGAAAAUCCAAACUUUGCAGCUUCACCAGGGUCAAACCAGUUGAGAUAUGAUGAUGAAAUUUUGACAGGUGAAAUAUCUCUAUUUAAAAUGGGAAUGACAGAGGAAGACUACACCUACCUCUGUACUGAUGUGGAUUUUAUCAUCCAUGCUGCAGCUGCAGUCAAUUUAGCCUAUCCAUAUCAGGCUUUACAUGGGCCCAAUGUUCUUGGAACAUACAAUGUUAUAAGGUUUGCCUGUACUGGAAAAAUAAAACCACUACAUUAUAUAAGCACAAAUGCUGUCAUUGCUCAAGGUGUCCAAAAUUUUAAAGAAAACGCCAGCAUCGAAGAAUUUCAUGAUAGACUUACUGAUGGAUAUUCCCAAACUAAAUGGGUCGCUGAGAGACUGGUACAGUUAGCAGAGGCUCGUGGACUUCCAACAACCAUCUACAGAUUAGGAAACAUGUCAGGGGAUAGUAAAUCUGCUUAUUGGAAUCCUCAAGAUUUCACUCUGAUACUAUUGAAGACCUGUGCUAACAGUGCUCUGGCGCCAUUAGUAGACUGGAAGAUGGAGAUGACUCCUGUAGACUUUGCUGCACAAUUCAUAGUCAACGUUGUCCAGAGACCGUCAUUAUCAACUAAAAAUAUCUUCCAUGUAAUUAAUGACAAUCCACUAGAAUCAAGAUGGGUGUUUGAAUGGAUGAAUUCACAUGGUUAUAAUCUCGAGCUGCUGCAGUUCCAGGAAUGGAAAACCAAGGUGUUAAAUCUAUUGAAUAAAUCUAGUAGUGAUAAUGUAAAACUGGUGGCUCUUCUUGAUUCAUAUUUGAAGUAUGAAAAUUUUGUAGAGAAUCCACAAACACUGGCCACGAACAAUUUCCACCAGGCCUUGAGUCAGUGUGGACUUUCUUACCCUUACACAGAUACUGCCUUGCUUCAAAUCUACUUCAAGAACUUGUCUUCAAGAGGAACUAUAGUCCAUACCAGACAUCAUCUUUCAG